AUGGCGUCCGAAGACUAUGACGCACCAUCGCACGACGAUGGUAUCAAUGUUGUCAAUAAGCCAACCGCCAACGCCUUUUAUCACUUAACGAUGCCGUACGCGUUUGGCACUGGACACUUGACGAAGCAUGUGCAGAUUGCAGCCGCCAAGGAGCUGGCAAGGGAGAGUGGCGAUGAUCACGUCUACGUCACCGCCAUGCAUCAGACGCACACGGCGCUGGUGAUCCCGCCACACGACCGCAUGGAGUGGACCUCGCGGGGGCAGUUCGUGAAAGCCACCCCCGCUCAGCCGCUGUUCUCCCACAUCGCCAUCAGUGCGAGGCGCACUGUGUGGUAUGGGCAGUGCCUCCUGCUCUUCCACUUCAAGGACAGCGCGGGCGUUGCGCACGAGCGCGCCUUUGUGAGGUACUACGACGAGGACGAUGAGGUGUGCCCGGCCACGGGCUGCAAGAGGCUCUCCCCAACUUUGGGCAGAGAUGCUUUCUCUGUGAUUGAGCUGGACUCCAUUCUCUCACUUGCCCACAUCGUGCGGUCCUGCACGGACCCGCGCUUUUUCCUGGUGAACCGCUUUAUUUUUUAG